UAGUGCGAUUGGCGGUCGAUGAAGUGUUAUGUUUUUUUCAUAUCGGUUAAUGUAUGUGCGAAUAAGAACUUGUUUGAGCUGACUAGAUCGGCUAAGUGACUGUAUUAAUUGUUUGGCGAUUAUAAAACUUGAAUUCCCGUGAAUUCCAUGGGGAAAUGAAGCUUAGCUAUAGCAACGGGCAUCGUGCUCGCAAAGUAGCUUCACGUCGUGGACACUUUUUUUAUGAUUGAAGUAUUACUGGUGGCCCGGAGGCCAGUUUCACCAGGACAGGUGGGCGAGCAAAGGCUCAGCCAGGAGGGGUGGGAUUUGCUAACAGCUGCCCGAGCGCCUCCGAAGAAGACCCAACAACUUGAGAGUAGCUGCUUCACGAAUGAAUCUACUACCGAAUCGGAAUCGCGACCCGCUGAGAAGAUCCUCAGCGGGCUGAUACAUGGAUUAGGUUGCACGUCGAACUCUUUGCCGAGUUCGACGAGUACGGUUACCGGGAUCCCUAAGCCUGCUCCUAGUGUUAGAGCUGAAAGUUCGUCAUGGACACUAUCGCCUCAUGAAUGGCCUUGAAAACUACUACGAGAUUUUUGUUGAAGUGGUCUGUAAACUUCUUAGAUCCGGUUUCUACGUGUAGACGAAGAACGAAUGUGAAAUGUCAACUGUCAAUGAAUUACCGAACGAAAUGAAGUGGAAAAAUAAGAAAAUAACCUAAAAGUUUUGUCAACAUUUUCUGAAAAAUAACAACAAACAAAGUAAAGUUUAUGACGAAAUAUUUAUAAGUACAAUAAAAUGUCCUGCAGAUUAAUUUUACGAUCAAUAUAUUAUCAGUGUAAGAAAAACACAUCAUUUAGUUGUAGUUCUUACAUAAAAACCCGUUUUAAUGGCUUAGUACAAUUGGAAUUAAGAAACUUCAGUACCAAGCCUAAAAGUGAUGUAACAGAAAAAAAACACUGCAACGUUGGGACAAUAGGACACGUAGACCACGGGAAGACGACUCUUACAGCCGCUAUCACGAAAGUACUGGCGAAAGACGGUCUAGCAAACUAUGUGUCAUAUGACGAGAUUGAUAAAGCACCGGAGGAGAAAGCUCGCGGUAUUACAAUUAAUGCUGCUCACGUCGGUUAUAGUACUAAGCUACGUCAUUAUGCACAUACGGAUUGUCCUGGUCAUGCAGACUAUGUACGUAACAUGAUAUCCGGAGCUUCACAGAUGGAUGCCGCUAUAUUAGUGGUAGCCGCAGAUGACGGACCCAUGCCGCAAACUCGAGAGCAUCUGCUGCUAGCAAAACAAGUUGGCAUACGCUACGUUCUAGUGUUUAUCAACAAAGCAGAUAUUGUUAAUGAUGAGAUUAUUGAACUGGUCGAAAUAGAAAUGCGUGAGUUGCUCUCGGACUUCGGCUACGACAGCGACGGCGCCCCGCUGAUCUGUGGGUCGGCCCUGCGGGCGCUCCAAGGGGACCCCUCCGAACACGGUGUGCCUUCAGUGCAAAGACUUCUUGACGCUAUGGACGAGUACAUCCCCCGGAUAGUGAGGGACGUGACGUCACCAUUCCUGAUGCCCAUAGACAAUGCGUUCACGGUGCCCGGGAGGGGAACCGUGGUGGUGGGCACCAUAAAGAGGGGGGUGAUGAAGCGAAACGAUGACGCUGACCUCAUGGGAUUCGGAUAUAAUAUCAAGACCACGCUAUCAGACAUACAGAUAUUUAGGAAGAGCGUCCCGGAGGCGAUAGCUGGUGAUAAUGUGGGGGUGCUGUUGAGAGGCAUGAAGAUACGCUCCGUGGAGACCGGCAUGCUGCUCUGCGCCGCCAGGAGUAUGAAGAUGACGAAUCACUACAAGGCGAACAUCUACUUCUUAACUCGAAGCGAAGGAGGCAGGAAGAAGCCGGUCUUCUCUAAAUAUUCGCAGCAAAUGUUCAGUGGGACUUGGAACAUCGCAUGCAGAAUCGAUUUGGAACCAUCAAUGCACAUGAUGAUGCCGGGAGACCACGGCGAAGUGUACCUCACGCUGCUGGAGGACAUGGUGAUGACGCAGGGACAACCCUUCACCAUCAGGGAGAACAAUGUGACGGUCGCGACCGGCAUCGUCACGGAGACCCUCUCCUCGGUGGACGUGCCGAAAGGGAAAUUAGGGAAAGUUGAGUUGAAACUCGAUUGAUGUACAAUGUAGUCGUUAAUAAAUUAUUCUAAUUGU